GGCUGGGAGGGAUCUGCCACGUUCAAGAUGACCUUUUCAGCUGGGGGAGCCAUCGAGUUUGGGCAGCGCAUGCUGCAGGUAGCAUCUCAAGUCUCCAGAGGUGAAAUACCCAACGGAGCUUAUGGCUAUUCCUAUAUGCCAAAUGGAUCCUAUGCUUUCGCACCAGCUGCAGCUAAUGGGGGCUAUCCAUACCCACCACCUCCUCCUGAGUUUUAUCCUGGCCCCCCUGUGGUGGAUGGCAACACAGGUUACAUGCAGCUGCCACCCCCACCAUACCCAGGGCCCAUGGAACCCCCCGUCAGCGGACCAGAUCUGCCGGCCACUCCCGCAGCUGAAGCGAAGGCUGCCGAAGCCGCUGCCAGUGCUUACUACAGCCCAGUCAACCCACAUAACGUCUAUAUGCCCACGGACCAGCCACCCCCUCCUCCUUACUUCCCACCAGAGGACAAGAAAAACCAAUAAACUAACCGAGAACUCCGCAACUCAUUGCUUUCGUACUUCCCAUUUUGGCAGAAUCCUGGGGCGUGGUCCAUAGCGCUGAAGAGUGGAGCCUUCCCCCAAGGCACGCAGCUUUCAUGAACUCUAGUGGUAGAUAUGUGCAGAGCAAGGGGAGAGAGUCCAGCAGCCUGGGUUACCUCGCAGAGCUCUGAGGG